CAGGGUGAUGGCUACAGUCUACUUCUGUGUCUUAAGAAUGAGCUCUGAGACCACCACAUCACUGUGUCUGCAAAUCCUUAUUAUCACAGGUUCGGUUUGUGCUCUUUCCAUUUCUGCUGGCCAGUUAUCUAUAGAUGAAUAUGAGGGCAGCUCCGUCGUUCUGUCCACAUCCUACAGUCUAACCAAUCCAAAGGAUGUUCUCCGGAUAAAAUGGGAAUUGGACGGGACUUCGCCCACUACUCUCGGCGUAUGCACCAAAAAGGAAAACUCUACCUCACAUUUCCCAUCAAGCGGCUAUGAGCGAAGGAUGCGUAUCGUGCCAGAGAAUGGGUCUCUAAUCAUUAACCAACUGCAAAAGAAAGACAGUGGAAAAUACAGGGUAACGAUAUAUGAUGCUUCUCAGUCUGACUCCGUUACCAUCACCGUCACUGUGCUGGAGAGCGAUUUUCAAGACUUCAAAACCACAAUGACACCACAAACAUCAUUUGUUUGCUUCUGUCCGAUUAACAUCACCAAUAUAUCAAAAUCAUCAUUGGCCUGGAUUUUCCUGGGAACUCGCCUGUCAUCUGUCUUCAUUCUCCUGGCCUUCGUUUUCUGUAUCUUCUACUUCCCCCAGAAGAUCAAGACGAGCAAGACACGUGGCAGACACUAUUAAGGAAUUCCCAGGAAUGCACCGAGUAUUCCAUCAAAAACUAUAAAUCUUAUUUUAUCAGGGUGACAAGUCUAAGCAAAAUAUCAGAAUGAAGGUUCAUCUUCUACGUUUUUUAGUGCCUAGGUUAUUUUUUCUCUGUGUUUUGCCGAAAGUCCACACACACUGGUGUCCAACGUGAACAGCACAUCAUAACACAGUCCUAAUAAGAAGCAAAACAAGUGGUACAUACCUCUGGGCAACCUACUUCAUCUUCGUUAUCUGGAGCUCUUUGUAUUGGACAAGCCUGGGUGUUCAGGAAUCCACAGUGGCCACCAGAUAGUUUCUAUUGCUGGACAGAAUAAACAAAAAAAAAACACUUGCCUAAAAACUAGCAGAGGUCCCUAAGCAUAUCUUCUAUGCCAUGGAGGGGGCAGGAGAUGACCUGAUAUUUGGAGAAGGCUGGAGAACCUCAAACAUGACCCCACUAUACAGAAUAAGGCAGCGUACUAUUUCACAU